GGAUCACACAUAAUGCAUGAUAGUCAUUCAUUUGUGUGGAAAUCUCAAAGAAGUUGGAUAGGCAGAAGAGAGGAUCUCUUCAUUGUUCAAGACCAAAAUGUAUAGGCCAGCAUGGGUGCCAUCAACCUCAAGAUUCCUGAAUCCAUAUGUAGUGUGUUUCAUUGUUGUGGCAAGCGUGGUAAUCUUGGCGGUUACCAUAGCUCUACUCAUCUACUUUUUAGCUUUUGAUCAAAAGUCAUACUUUUACCACAGCAGCUUUCAAAUCCUAAAUGUCAAAUAUAGUAAUCAGUUAAACUCACCAGGUACACAGGAAUAUAGGACUUUGAGUGGAAGAAUUGAAUCUAUGAUCACUAAAACUUUCAAAGAAUCAAAUUUAAGAAAUCAGUUCAUCAGAGCUCAUGUUGUCAAACUGAGGCAAGAAGGUAAUGGUGUGAUAGCAGAUGUUGUCAUGAAAUUUAAAUUCACUAGAAAUAACAAUGGAGCAUCAAUGAAAAGCAGAAUUGAGUCUGUUUUACACCAAACGCUGACAAUUACUGACCAGGACACAGUACAUAUUUUCACUGAAGGCUGUGGGGCCCAUCCAGACCUAAUAACUUUGUCUGAGGAGAGGAUCCUUGGAGGCACUAAGACUGAAGAAGGGGACUGGCCGUGGCAAGUCAGUCUACAGACGGGUAACGUUCACCACUGUGGAGGCAUCCUGAUCAGUAGCAUGUGGAUCCUGACAGCAGCUCACUGCUUCAGAAGCCAAUCUAAUCCUCGUCAAUGGACUGCCACCUUUGGUGUUUCAAUAACAUUUCCUAAACAGAGAAGAAGAGUAAGGACUAUUUUAAUCCAUAACAAUUAUAACCCUGCAACUCAUGAAAAUGAUAUUGCAGCUAUACAACUUGAUGAAGGCAUAAACUUUACCAAAAAUAUCCAUAGGGUGUGUCUCCCAGAGGCUACCCAGAAUAUUCCACCUGGUUCUCCUGCUUAUGUAACAGGAUGGGGAUCUCGAGAAUUUGGUGGUAAUACAGUUUCAGAUCUACAGCAAGCACGGGUCAGAAUAAUAAGUAAUGAUGUAUGUAAUGCACCAACUAGUUAUAAUGGAGCUGUCUUGCCUGGAAUGCUAUGUGCUGGUCUACCUCAAGGUGGAGUGGAUGCAUGCCGGGGUGAUUCUGGCGGCCCACUAGUUCAAGAGGACUCACGGCGGCUUUGGUUCCUCGUGGGGAUAGUAAGCUGGGGGGAUCAAUGUGGUCUGCCAGAUAAACCAGGAGUGUACACUCGAGUGACAGCCUACCGCGACUGGAUAACCGAAAAAACUGGCAUCUAGCACAACAAAUGCAUCUCUGUGGCAAAGUCUGUAUGCAGGUGUCUGUCUAAAAUUCCAAACCUUUCCUUUUCAGAUGCAAAAGAAACUAAAAGUGCCCUAUUUUAAUUUCCUGUUACAUAAAUAUGGUUUCACAAACACUAUCUGUUCUUUAUUACUAGGGAUUCUAUGUUUUCUCAAGAAAGCUAUAUGAAUAUCGCAUAGUAUUGUAGCUGUGGGCCAAGGGAAACAUGUAAGCUAGUUACAGAGGUAACAAUCUUACUACAGUUGUGAUAAGAGCUAGUAAUGAGAAAAACAGUUACCCUGAGAGUAGACUUCAGAGGAAUCUGGACAAGUCUGCAGGGUCAGAGGAGUCUUCUCUGGAAAGUCUCACUGACACUGGGCAAAAUAUAGAAACUCGCAAAGGAAGAAGUGGCAGAAUAACAUUCAAGACAGAAAGAAUAGCAUGAGGCAAGAAAAAUAGUAUUUAUUUGAAAUUUCUGGUUAUGCAAUAUU